AUGAACAUCGUACGCUUUUUGGUUGAUUUACAUGAUGCUCGUGAAAAGUAUGUUUAUGAACCCAUCAAGUCUGAUGAUGUUGCUGCUGUUAUUUACACAAGUGGGACCACCGGGAAUCCAAAAGGAGUAAUGCUUACACAUAGUAACCUUUUGCAUCAGGUUCAUAAUUUGUGGGACAUUAUCCCUGCGGGGCCCGGGGACAGAUUUGUAAGCAUGCUUCCACCUUGGCAUGCAUAUGAACGUGCUCUUGAGUAUUUUAUAUUUUCUUUGGGAAUUGAGCAAGUAUACACAAACAUGAAAUACUUAAAGGAUGAUUUGCGACACUAUCAACCACAGUUUAUAAUAUCUGUCCCUCUAGUAUUCGAAACUUUAUACAAUGGGAUCCAAAAACAAAUAUCCACCUCUUCCGCUAUCCGUAAGCUGAUUGCAUUAUCAUUGAUAAAGAUCAGUUUGGCAUAUAUGGAGUUCAAAAACAUAUAUCAGGGUAAAUGUUUGUCAAGAAGUCAGAAACAACCUUCUUACAUUGCUGCAACAUUGGAUUGGAUAUAUGCACAAAUUAUUGCUACCAUUUUGCUUCCGUUACAUUUAUUGGCAAAGAAGCUUGUUUACAUCAAAAUUCACUCGACUAUUGGGAUUUCAAAGGCUGGCAUAUGUGGAGGUGGAAGCUUACCAUUACAUGUUGACAAAUUCUUUGAGGCAAUUGGAACAAAAGUUCAAGUUGGAUAUGGAUUAACAGAAUCAUCUCCUGUCAUAGCUGCUCGACAACCAAACUUAAAUGUUCUUAGUUCAGUUGGGCGUCCACUUCGACAUACAGAAAUAAAAAUUGUACAUGAUGAAACGGGUGAAGACCUUCCUCUUGGUUCAAAGGGAAUAGUCAAAGCCAGGGGCCCACAAAUCAUGCAGGGUUAUUACAAGAAUCCGGUAGCUACAAAGGAAGCUAUAGAUGAGGAUGGAUGGUUAAACACGGGGGAUAUCGGUUGGAUUUGCCCUUCCCAUUCAUUAGGGCGAAGUCGUAAUUCUGGUGGCAUUAUUGUUCUUGAAGGUCGUGCCAAGGACACUAUUGUCCUUUCAACAGGGGAGAAUGUUGAACCAGAACAAAUAGAAGAAGCAGCAAUAAGAAGCAAUUUAAUUCAACAAAUAGUUGUCAUUGGUCAGGAUCAACGUCGUCUUGGAGCUAUAAUUGUUCCAAAUAAAGAAGAAAUUUUUUUGGCAUCCAAAAAUUCUUCUAGUAAUGCUCAACUUACCAAAGACCAAAUGGCUGGCAUCUUAUCACAAGAGCUUCGAAAAUGGACAUCAGAUUGCUCAUUUCAAGUGGGACCCAUUCUUGUCAUUGAAAAGCCUUUUACGAUUGAUAGUGGUUUGAUGACUGCAACCAUGAAGAUCCGAAGGAACAAAGUUGUGGAACUAUAUAAAGACCAGAUAGAUGAUUUAUACAAGUAAUCUUGUAUGUUUAAUAUAUUUAUAAAAAAAAUCCAUAAUGUGUAUUUUAUAAAUUUUGUUAUUUAUUUAUAUUUAUUUUAUUUUAUUUUCAC